GAACAUAUUGAGCGUCCAUUAACUCGACGGAGAAUUACUAGUCGGGGAUAUGACUAUAUACACAAAGCAUUAAAUGAUGAUCCUGCAAUUUUUCGACAAGUAUAUAGGAUGUAUCCUGAUGUAUUUCGAAAGUUGUGCACGAUUAUAAGAGAAAAAACACCUUUGAAGGAUACAAGAUUUAUUUGUGUUGAAGAAAUGCUUGCAUCAUUCCUACAGAUUGUCGGUCAGAAUGCUCGAUAUUGUGUAAUCCGCAAUACAUUUGGCCGGUCACAAUUUGCUACAAGUGAAAAUUUUCACAAGGUUUUGAAGGCUUUGAACUCAUUAGCACCUGAUUUGAUGGCUAGACCAGGCUCAACUACGCCUGCAAAAAUAAGGGAAAGCACAAGGUUUUAUCCUUAUUUUAAGGAUUGCAUUGGAGCUAUUGAUGGUACACACAUUCCGGCAAUGGUAAGAGGACGAGAUGUAAGCAGUUAUCGUGAUCGUCAUGGAAAUAUAUCACAAAAUGUAUUAGCUGCAUGCAACUUUGAUUUGGAAUUCAUGUACGUUCUUAGCGGAUGGGAGGGUUCAGCACAUGAUUCCAAGCUAUUAAAUGAUGCGUUGACAAGGAGGAAUGGACUUAAAGUACCCCAAGUUGAGAGAAUUAUUCUUAUAUGA